ACAUGACUCUGUUGAGCACUGGUGGUACUCCAGUAAGCCACAACAGAAACGUUUGUAGUGUUGUCGGGCUAAUUUUUGCCUAGCUAGUAUUUUUUCUAUCGUUGGCUGUGCAUAGUUAUUUUUAAAAUGAAGCUGCAGUGUUUAGUCGUUGCUCUGUGCUUCGGCCUGGGUGUAAUGGCUGGGAAAUACUCUCGUGAAUUUAACGAGCCCAAGCAGAGCGGCAGUGAUGGACAGCCGGUGGAGUUCAGGAUAGCUAAAUUGAGCCAGGUGUGGGAGAAGGCUAAACGGAUGCAGUUGUCCCCAGUGCGGCAGGCUGAGCUGCACAGUGACCUGAAGAUCCAGGAGAAAGAUGAGCUUCAGUGGAAGAAGCUGAAGGUGGAGGGGCUGGAUGAGAACGGGGAGAAAGAAGCCCAACUCCGACGUAACUUCAAUGUGAUCCUGGCCAAAUAUGGAAUGGAUGGCAAAAGAGACACUCGAUCACUGGAGAGCAACUCCCUGAAGGACCACGACACCAAAGAGGGAGACAUAUUUGAUGAUCCCAGGCUGGACAAACUGUGGAACAAGGCCAAGAGCUCCGGGAAGUUCUCCAACGAAGAGUUGCUGAGUCUGAAGAGGGAGUUCCAGCAUCACAAGGACAAGAUCCACGAGUACACCAUCCUCAUGGAUACCGUCAGCAGGACGGAGGAAAUACACAAGAAUGUGAUCUCUCCCCUGGAGGGCGACGCCAAAGAGCAUGUGCUGCACCAGAAGCACACGGACCUGAAGCAGAAAAUGAGAGACCUCAACCAGGGCUUUGAGCGCCUCCGUAAGCUCAGCCAUGAGGGCUUCACUGAAGACAGCGAGUUUCGAGAGCCCCGUGUGAUUGAACUGUGGGAGGCUGCCAAGAGAGCCAACCUGAGUGAAGACGAGCUGGACUCUCUCAAGGAGGAGCUGCGUCACUUUGAGACCAAGGUGGAGAAGCACAGCCAUUACCAGGAGCAGCUGGAGCUUUCCCACCAGAAGUUGCUACACGUGGAGUCUUUAGGAGACAAAGAGCACAUCAAGAGAAACCAGGAAAAGUACAACACGCUAGCUGAGAAGACCAGGGAGAUGGGUUACAAGAUGAAGAAACAUAUGCAGGACUUGUCCAACAAGAUCUCUCGUGAGGGUCUCGAGCACAACGAGCUCUGAGGGACUCGGAUCAUGAAGGUUAAAUGCACUUCCCUCUACAACCACACACACAACGUACGUUACGUGCCCCCAUUCCCCUUUAACUACUGAAAAAAUAAGUUUUCUACUUUUCUAGUGUUCUAGUGUUUUCCUAGAAAUCGCUAAAUGAAUGAAUGGUUUGUAUAUGAGGCUUCUUAUUAACCAGCUGGAAUUAUUGGGCUAACAAACUGGUCAGCUGAUCAGUCACAGUACAGAUAAAAUAAUGAUGGAAUAGUUUACAUACUAGUCUGGUACUAUGUUUAUUUGUACAACUAAUGGCAAGCAGGCGUAGAGAAAUGUCUGGCUAAAAAUAUGGCAGUACUCCACGAAAGCCAAAUUUUGUGGGGGUGUUUGGUGAGGGAUAGAUGGCAGCAGUUGACUCACUCAUAACCAGAUGAUGAGGUGCAGCUGCUGAGGGACAGUUUCUGGGGAACAGCCAACCAACUGCAUUAGUACUUCAUCUUGUAGGACUAUUGGCACAUUGCUGGCCAGACAAUUUGUCCACACCCAUCCAUCAUUAGUUGUGCAAGUAAUCAGGCUGUUACUACUGUAGUAACUCUUACCUUAGUCUGCUGAAGUUUUACCUUUAUUGUCUAAUCAAUAUAAAAUGAAGAAUGCUUUGCAGAUUCAGGUAGGAAGCACUGAAAUGUAACAGAAAUCUUUAAUCAGUACGAUACAUGUGCCAACAACAUACAAACAGUAAUAUUUUAAAAAAUAUAGUUUAAUAUCAUUUUUAUUGUCUUGCCAUAAAUAAAAGCAGUUACUAUUUACAAAUCCUGUAGAGGAAAGCUGUCCCUGUAGUGACAUUAAAGGGAUAGUUUGGAUAAUGUGAAGUGGGAUUGUAUGAGGAAUUAUGACAGCAACGGUGAAAUGCUGUUCACUGUGGAGACGAGAGGAAACCUUUAUUAGCCAGUAUAGAGUAUACAGAAGAACAGAAGAUACAGCAGAGGGAGACAGGAAUACGGACAUUCUACUUGAUACAAUGUUGUGUCAAAGGAAAGGGCUGUCUGACAGUGACUGAAAAUAUUCUAAAUACAGCGUACACUUUAACUAAUGAUUGAACCCCACUUCAGAACAUCUAAACUAUCCCUUUAACAUUUUUGGUUACGAUUUAUUUUAUUUUUCUUCCUACUCAGACACACUGGUGGGGAACUGCCAUCAAAAAAAUAAAUUAGCCCCAAAUGUUAGGCAGUUUGUCCUGAUGAUAUCAAGAGGGAGGUGAGAAAUGGAACACACACUGUGCUUUUUCAUUCAUCAAUUCAGACCAGAAGCAGAGACAUUGAUUACUGUGAUGAAUAAUGUUGCUGGCUGGCUGAUUACUCAGCCAUGUCCUGGUAGGGCCACACAGGCCUGGAUUAAUGUAAUUUGUACUCAAGAUAUAACUCCAAGAUGCUUCAAAUGCUUUUAAGAUCUGAUGUGGAAUGAUAGCCAAGCAGGCUGGGACUCGAGUGCAGCUUUAUCUCAUUGAUAUCUCAACUCUUAGUAAAAGAGGUAAGAACAAAUAAAACAGACAGCCUGUAGAAACUAAAUCUAGCUGGAAUUUAAGAAAAAUUCUCUUUUUCUCUCAUCUAAAAUAUCAGUACCAUUCCCUCAUAAUUAAGGCUAUUUAUACCAAUGCUCAACUAUCACCUGAGAGAAUCUAAAAAAGGCAUACAUAAGUGCCAUGCAGCAAAACAAACAUUUCUGGGGUAAAAUGUCAAGCACUAAGUACAAGAAUAUGAGAACUUACAACACACAUCCAAGAUGGCAGCUGCGUAAGAGAGACUUCCCAGACAUUUCCUUCUAAUUCUUAGUGGAAUGGAUUGUUUGUGGAAAUUUCUGUUCACUUGUGUUUGUGUGUGUUUAAGUACAAGUAGCAAGGACUGGCAUGACCAACUGCAAUUAAGCACUUGAGCUUAUUCAGAGACAAUCUGCAAUGAAGUGUAGAGUUGGGCGUUGCAUAGUCAGUUUGGUGGCCCUCACCACCUGCUCUCCAGCUCAGUCAGUCCUUCCUCCCUGCCCUGAACACGCUCCGCCACCACUCUCUGAGCUGUUUCCAUGGCAGUGAUGUUGAGGUGGGCGUACCUGAUGGAGCCCUCUUCUGGUCAGGAAAAUCAGUGGAAAUGGCGGAGAAAAGAGAAGACAUUGGUGUUUCUACUUUGUGUUCUGUAACUUAAAAAUUGUCACAUGCAGUGACCUGUCAAUCCCUGAGAUGCAUUGAUCAAUUACUUUGUUUUAACUGGAAUAUAACUACCAUUAAUUUAA